GAACCCGCACUUACCGCACAAUGUUACCAAACGCCAGUCUCUUUGGCGCCGAUCUUUGCUAUCAGCGAUACGGCGCUGCCGCAGAUGUGCCUGAAUCGUAAAAGCGACAGUGGAAUAGCUUCAAGCAACGCUGUCAACGAGGAAGAAGCACAACCUGGCGAACAAGCUACACCAAAGUCAUCGAUGUAUAUGUCGGAUGUGUCAUUUGCGACAAGCACUGCUGGAGGGUGA